AUGCCUCCGCCGAAUAUGCGCCUCGGUGCCGCGCAAAAUAGCUAUGGCUCUCAAUAUCAGUACGGAAACCAUCCCCAGCAUGGAGCUAACAAUAUGGCUCCUCCCCUUGGGUCCAAUCCGGGAUUUAUGAACGCCAAUUCCAUGAACAACCCUUUCGCGGGCGCGAACUCGCUGGGGGUGGGAAACUUUGGAGGCGCUGGUUUAGGAAUACCUGGAGGAACUGGUCUGGCAAGUCAGGCUGCGCAAAUGAGCUUUGCGGGUGCCUCGAUGCAACAACAAGGACACAAUGGGAUGGGCGAUCCCGGAGCGAGGGGGCAAGUAAACAAGGGAGGCAGGAUACGGGAGGUAUGGAAAGGGAACUUGCAUGAGGAGAUGGCCAUUCUACGAGACCUCGUGCAACACUAUCCAUACAUUGCAAUGGAUACUGAGUUUCCUGGAGUUGUCGCUCGGCCCAUGGGAGCUUUCAAUGGAAAGAGCGAUUAUCACUAUCAAUGCCUACGGUGUAACGUGGACCUUCUCAAAAUUAUACAAUUGGGUAUAACAUUGUUCAAUGAGGAAGGAGAAUCCCCACCAGCGACAAUAGAUAGGGAUGAUUUGUCUGUAUCGUCUGGAGGAAGAAAAUACGGCCCGCAACCAGUCCCUUGUACUUGGCAGUUCAACUUCAAAUUUUCACUGACUGACGACAUGUACUCGGAGGUAUCCAUUGAAGCUUUGAAGCAAGCCGGGCUCGACUUUGCAAAACUUGACACAAAUGGAAUCGACCCUUUUGAAUUCGGUGCGCUGUUAAUAAGCUCCGGGCUCGUGUGUGAAGAGGAUGUGCGAUGGAUAUCAUUCCAUGGCGGCUACGAUUUCGGCUAUCUUACCAAGGUUCUCCUCCGAUUACCUCUGCCGGACGACGAGGUGGAAUUUGACAAGUUCAUGAAGAAAUUCUUUCCCAGCAUCUACGAUAUCAAAUUCCUCAUGAAGCACGCGAUAAGACAAACCCAAAUGGGCCAACUAACGCCUCUAGACCCCGGAAGUGCCGAAAUACUCCGUGCAUUCGAGCAAAAGCAAGGAUUGGAGAAUACGGGAGAAAUUUUCAAGAUCAAGAGACAAGGACAGGCGCACCAGGCAGGAUCGGACUCGUUGAUGACGGGAAAGGUCUUUUUCAAGAUGCGGGAAAGGAUCUUCAACGGCGAGAUCAGUGAUGACCAUUUGGGCAAAGUGUGGGGUCUCGGGCUACCAGAGCACAACACUCACUCAACUCCUCAACAUUACCACCAACAAUUACAAGAAAAUUCCACACCUACGCAGAACGGGACGGGAUACACCAACGGCACACCAAGCACACCCAAUACGGGGAAUGCAGGUCUUGUCAGCACACCAGCACAUAAUAAUGCUGGAGGAAUAGGACCAUUGACGCCUGGAGGUGGGGGAGGGGUGUUCGGCUCGUUUCACUUUGGCAAGCAGUAA